GGAAUUUUCUGGCUCGCAGGUAGCCGGGGAAUUCCGCCGGGGAUAUCAUUUGCCGGGAGCGAUCAAACGCUGAUGGUGCUGCUCAUUUGCCCAUGUGCAUUGGAAUCAAUACUAUCACCUCCACCACCUAGACCGGCUUUUUCAUCAAUUUUCUUCGUAAUAGGCACUCCUGCGACCUCACCGCUAAGGAGUCGCAUCUAUUUCUGGAAUACGACUAUGGCUCCCACCAACCAAGCCGCGUGGAUUACGGAGAAAGGCGGCAAACCUUUAGUAGUCAAGUCCGCGCCCUAUCCAUCCCCGGAGGCCAACCAAAUUGUCAUCAAGAAUGCCGCUGUUGCCAUCAAUCCGAUGGACUGGAUGCUCCAGCUUGUAGGCUUUUUGGCUUUCAGCUGGCUGAAAUAUCCAAACAUCUUUGGAGCAGACAUGGCUGGAGAAGUUGUCGAAGUGGGCAGUGGCGUGAAACGAUUUGCAGUGGGUGAUCGCGUUCUGGCAUUGGGUGUUGGUGGUGACCCAGACACAAACAGUUCUGCUCAAAGCACUUUUCAAAAUUACACAAUUGCUCGCGACAACUUGGCGUCACAGAUACCCGACGAUAUGUCCUUUGAUAAAGCUGUUGUUCUGCCGUUAGGAUUAGCUACUGCUGCGUCGGGACUGUUCCAGGAGGAUUUCCUCAAUCUACAGUGGCCUACGAUCCCUCCUCAAAAGUCAACUGGCAAAACCCUUUUGGUUUGGGGUGGCUCAACGAGCGUUGGAAGCAAUGCCGUUCAGCUCGCUGCAGCAGCUGGGUAUGAAGUCUUCUCGACCUCAUCACCACGGAACUUUGAAUAUGUCAAGAAACUAGGUGCUAGCUAUGUGUUUGACUAUAAUUCCAAAACUAUCGCCAAAGACCUUGUUACUGCUUUGAAGGGCAAGCAAAUGGCAGGCGCGUUGGCUGUAGGGCCGAAUUCUCUGCCGUUUUGUAUCGACAUUCUCAGCAAAACAGAAGGGGUUAAAUUUGUUACCGAGAUUGGAGGACUUACCCUGCCACCAGAUAGAGAUGUGACCGGCCUGACACUGGUUUCGCUUAUUUUAGGCACCUUGUGGACUAAUAUAUCUCUACGAUUUAAAAGGGCGAUGACCGGUGUGCAAAGCAAAUUUGUUUGGGGUAGCGAUUUGAAGAAGACCGACCUGGGAAAAGCUAUCUUUGAGAACUUUCUUCCCAAGGCUUUGGCUGAGCACAAGUACAUUGCCGCUCCCGAGCCUCAAAUUGUUGGCCACGGUCUUGAGUAUAUUCAGGACGCUAUGAAUCAGCAGAGGAAAGGUGUUUCGGCCAAGAAACUUGUAGUUACACUGUGAGCGGUUUGCCCAGGAGGUUAUCAGUGCGCAUUUCAUUUCUUAUUAUUCUGUCGAUAUCAUAGUAUAGAACUGUCUUUAUUU